CCCUCUCCCUACUUGGUAGCUCUUGAUCCGACACCUCUGCUUCGGGAGAGUCAAGGGGCCAGAGGCGGUUGACAGUGUAGAUGUGUGUAGAGAAAGCAUGCCAUGUAGGGCUCCUGUACCAUGAGCAAGGUUGGGAGAGGAAGUAGAUGACGACUGUGCGGCCCGACCAUGGGGAAGUAGGGUUAGUAAAGGAUUGGCUAUCUGGACCUGGAACACCAUUGGAGGUGUGGGAGGCGAACAGACGUUGAUGAGUUCCCAUGAGAGCAAGGCUGACUCCAGGGUAGAAUGCUGUCGGCAUAGCCGCUCGGUUUCCGGCUCUUUCGUGUCUUUUAGUUUUGUUUUCAGGAAGUGACCAAGUUCACUCCUGGACACUAGUCACCAGCCAAGCCUUAGAUACUGCUUGGAGAAUAGCAAAGGGGUCGGUGAUGUUGGCAGUUUCGUUUCUGGUGGCCACCCUGUGCUACUUCAGAAGGCUGCAUUUAUAUGUAGGGCGUCGGCUGAAAUGGUGGAUUGGAUAUCUGCAGAGAAAAUUCAAAAGGAACCUCAGCGUGGAGGCAGAAGUUGAUUUACUCAGUUAUUGUGCAAGAGAAUGGAAAGGAGAGACACCCCGGGCCAAGCUGAUGAGGAAGGCCUAUGAGGAGCUCUUUUGGCGGCGUCACAUUAAAUGUGUUCGACCAGUAAAGAGAGAUAACUACGAUGCGCUGAGAUCGGUGUUGUUUCAGAUAUUCAGCCAGGGCCUCUCUUUUCCAUCCUGGAUGAAAGAAAAAGACAUCGUUAAGCUUCCUGAAAAACUGCUCUUUUCACAAGGUUGUAAUUGGAUCCAGCAAUACAGUUUUGGUCCUGAGAAGUACACAGGUUCGAAUGUGUUUGGAAAAUUACGCAAAUGUGUUGAAUUACUGAAAAUGCAGUGGACUGAAUUCAGUGGCAUUAAAGAUUAUCACAAGAGAGGAAGUAUGUGCAACAUCCUUUUUUCUGAUGCUAUUCUGGAAUAUAAACUCUAUGAAGCUUUAAAGUUCAUCAUGCUUUAUCAAGUCACUGAAGUUUAUGAACAAAUGAAGACUAAAAAGGUCAUUCCCAGUCUUUUUCGACUCCUGUUUUCCCGGGAAACAUCAUCUGACCCUUUGAGCUUCAUGAUGAAUCACCUCAAUUCUAUAGGCGAUACCCGUGGCCUAGAGCAGAUUGAUAUGUUUGUACUUGGAUACUCCCUUGAAGUGAAGAUAAAAGUGUUCAGACUGUUCAAGUUUAACUCCAGAGACUUUGAAGUCUGCUACCCGGAAGAGCCGCUCAGGGAGUGGCCGGAGAUCUCCCUGCUGACCGAGAAUGACCGCCACUACCACAUUCCCGUCUUUUAAGUCUGGCAUGGACCGGGCGCUGCUCUCGCCAGUGACAGUGGUCACGUAUGCAAGUCAUGUUUCUCGAAAACCAAAACAAAUGUUGCCGCCACUGAGGGAAUUAGGACCUCCUUCCCCAGAAUUACAGGUACACUGGACGGAUGCACUCGGGUGAUGGGCACGGAUGGCUUUCCUGUGUUUUCAGUGAUUUCCUCCAAAGCAGCUGCUCUCAUGUAUUUGUGGGUGGUGGUUUGACCUUGUUCAUCAGGGCUCUGGUCACUUCACACACUGUGGGCCUUGAAGAGCACGAGGAAGUUUAAUUUGGACAACAGCAGGAAAAAAAAGAGAAGAAAACAAAUUGGGAAAAAAGACUAACCUGGAAAGAAAGAAUUUCUUUGUCUCUAUAUUCUUCAUUAUGAAUCUGGUCUUUGGCUGAUUUUGGAUCUUCAUAAACAUGGCCUUAUUUUAUGAGGAAUCUAUGGUAUACUGAUUUUCCAGAACCACUUGAUUAACUGUAAAAUCAUGUGUUAGCGUGUGUGUAUAUAUAUCUUUAUACAUAUAUACAUAUGUAGAUAUAUAUACACACAUAUGUAUACGUGUAUAGUUUUAUAUAUACAUAUGUAAACACAUACACACACAAAUAACCACUACUUUGUAAUGUUAUACAAUUUGUUUUAUAUCUCUUUACAUUUUUUUGUUACUGUUGCAUCUGGCCAGUUUAAUAUGUUUUAUAUAGGUAAAAAAGAUAAAUUCUGUAGAUUAAGGGUGGAAUGACAUUAUUGAACUGUCAUGAAAAUAUUAAACUCUGGUGUAUUUACAUGUGUAUUUAAUGUGUGGUAGGUAGAAUCAUGCUCCCCCAAAGAUGUCUACGUCCUAAUCCCCAGAACCUGUGAAUAUGUUGGGUUAAAUGGCAAAGGCGAAUAAGGUGGCAGGUGGAAUUAAGGUACUAAUCCUCUGACCUUGAAAUAGGGAGAUUAGUCUGGGUUCUCCAGGUGGGCCCCAUGUAAUCACAAGGGUCCUUAAAAGUGGAAGAAGGAAUUGGAAGUGUGCGAGUCAGAAGGAAAUGUGAAAUACAGGGGAACAGUCAGAAAGAGAUGCAACAUUUCUGGCUGUGAAGAUGGCGGAAAGAGCUCCAAGCCCAGGAAUGUGGGGAGCCUCUGGAAGCUAGAAAAGGCCAGGGAACAGAUUCUCCCCUAGAACCUCCAACGCAGCCUGCCAACACCGUGAUUUUAGCCCUUGAGAUCCAUGUCAGACCUCUGACCUACAGAGCUGUAAAUCAUAAAUCUGUGUUGUUUAAGUAGCUAAGUUUGUGGUAAUGUGUUAUAGCAGCAACCAACAACUAAUAUACUCUGGCUAACUAAUUUUUGGUCAUCUUUAUUUUGGAAAUACUUUUCUAGUUUAUUUUGGUAAUCUUUAUUUUGGAGGUACUUUGCUAGUCUGUUUGUAAUUUCAAUAAAAUACCAAAAUAACUUUUAAAAUCUUGGCUAAUGAUAUACUAUUUCAAAGUUACAAAUCCCUUCUAAGAGUGACUUACUUAACAUGUUUGAUGCUAACAUUUUCCCACAUUUUCAUAUUGUGUCUACUAGCAGUAAAAAAGAGGUAUAUUAAAUGCUGUGGUGUAUGAAAGUAACACUCAUAUUCUUUUGUAAUGGGGACAAUCACCUGGAUGUACUACAUAAGCCACACGUCCAAUAGUGUGUUGUGUUGUGCCUGCUUUGUUUUGUUUUCUGCUUGAAGAGUUAGAGAGUAAUGAGCUCAGACAAGGGGCUUUGCGUUACCUCGAUAGCCACACAAAACAGUAGUUUUUAAUUGAUCUUGACAGCCCUUUCCUGCUUGGAAGCCUCUGUGGUUUUGCGUAACCCCUGUCAUUUAAUUGAUACUGUUGGAAGUGAUCCCCUUGAUGUGUUACUGUGACCAAGAAGGCAUCAGCUCUUCGCUUUGUGUUCACAAGCAGACGUGAUGACAGCCUGCAGCAGGCUGCUGUGACUGAUUUGCAUAAAAGUGCUGCUCCGUACUUCCAGCUCCAGGUGAGCUGUCCAGGCACCUACCUGGCGUUUGUGUAUUACCAUCCUCCUUGCAUCUCCUUACGCAUUGUAAUUAUUUCCACAUCAGUCCAGGACUGCAAGGAAUAACUUUUUCUCAGGAUUGGCAGCCUAUAGCUCUGUGACAUAUCAACGCAUUAUGUUUAUCCU